GGGCGAGGAGGAGGAGGAGGAGGGGCAGGAAGGUUUGGUUGAGCUGCAGCUGUUUGUCUGUUCGACACAGGCUUGGGCCCGACGGGGGAACGGAGCCCCAGGACUGUUGAAGCCUGGAAGUCCCCUCCCCUCCCCCCUCCCCCCUUCGCCGCUUUGUGGCAUCCCCCUCCCUUCACCCUUUCCCACUCUGAUAAUCUAGCCAUGACUAGCAGAAGCACAGCCAGGCCCAACGGGCAGCCCCAGGCCAGCAAAAUAUGCCAAUUCAAAUUGGUCCUGCUGGGUGAAUCUGCAGUGGGAAAGUCUAGCCUGGUAUUACGUUUUGUCAAAGGGCAGUUCCAUGAGUACCAGGAGAGCACCAUUGGAGCGGCCUUCCUCACCCAGUCUGUUUGUCUAGAUGACACAACAGUCAAGUUUGAGAUCUGGGACACAGCUGGGCAGGAGCGGUACCAUAGCUUGGCCCCCAUGUACUACAGAGGUGCCCAAGCUGCAAUUGUGGUUUAUGACAUUACUAAUCAGGAGACCUUCGCCCGAGCAAAGACAUGGGUGAAGGAACUACAACGACAGGCCAGUCCUAGCAUCGUUAUUGCCCUGGCGGGGAACAAAGCUGACCUGGCCAACAAGCGCAUGGUGGAGUAUGAAGAGGCCCAGGCGUAUGCAGAUGACAACAGCUUAUUGUUUAUGGAGACUUCAGCCAAGACAGCUAUGAACGUGAAUGAUCUCUUCCUGGCAAUAGCUAAGAAGUUGCCAAAGAGUGAACCCCAGAAUCUGGGGGGUGCAGCAGGCCGAAGCCGUGGUGUGGAUCUCCAUGAGCAGUCCCAGCAGAACAAGAGCCAGUGUUGUAGCAACUGAGGGGGUGGCUAGCAGCAAACAAGCACGGAGCUAGCACGAGAGCUAAGAAAUAACCUCCAUCCCCACCCCUCAGCACACAGCCCCUAUGGUAACAGCACACUGAGCCCUGGCUCCAAGGGCUGCCUCCUGACAGCUCCGUCAUGGCACUUUUUAACGCUUCAGCAACCAACACCAGGCAGCUGUUGCCACUGGCCUCCUACCCCUACUCUGGGGCUUGGGGGUCAGAUCCCCCAGGACUUACCUUCCAAAACAAACUUUCUUCACUUUGUAUUAUAGGUGCAAGACAGUGACCUACUUAUCUUUCCUCCUCCUCCUCCCCAUUUUUUCAGAAAACAUUUUUUGUCUCCUGCCCCUUCCCCUUCUGCUUUUGGUCAAUCUCUGUUCUUGAUCCCUUUUUCCUCCUCUCCCCAGGAUGGAGAAGGUGGUGAAUCCAGGAACUGAAGGAGUUUUCUACUUCAGUCACAUUAAGGGCCCUGGGGAAAAGUAAGGUGCGGAGCAGGAGGGAGUAAGGAAACGUUUCCUUUUUGUUUUUAUUUGGUUGGAGUUUCUCAUAUUUGAAAACACUGCAGUAUCCGUGAGUUGGUCUUAUGGAGGGUGUUUCUAGGUGGAGGUGAGAAUGGGAAGGCAAGCUCUUGGGCACCAGGCUGGAGUCAUGUUGUUAGCUAACUGGGAGGAGGAGGUGGAGACGUAGUGUCAUCUGUGGCUCUGGCAUUCUUCUAAGGCCUCCUUUCCCCUCACCCAGCCUCUUAGGUAGCUUCUCCCCCAUAGCGGGGGAGAUUCUGGACCCUAGAGUCCUCCAAAGAAUCUUCACUGGUUGCCUGCAUCUUUGGCUCUGCUGUGAUCUAAAUGGAGGAGGGACCAGUUUCUGAUACCCAUCCUCUGACCUUUACAUAUGCAUUUUUUCCCCUCUCUGGCCUUCAGAUGGCCUCAGCCCCAGCCACUGUAUCCCCCUGCAGUUUGCACUUUAAUUGAUGGUAGUUCAGUUGUGAUAUUUGUUUUAUGGGGGUUUUGAUUGAUUUACCUGCCCUCUACUCCUUUUAGUUAAAUGGAAUCUGAGGUGUAUGUGAGGUUUGGGGAGGGGCUGUAGAGAACAGUACUGGUGGCAGCUACUCAAGCCCAAUCUCCACUGCUACCUUCCUCCAACUCUGAUUCUUACCUCACCUGUAUUCUUACCAUCCUAGCUCUUGGGUAUAGGUUUGCCUUUCCUGGGGAAUCACUGAGCAACUGAAGAGGAGUCUCAGGACAGCAUAGGCCAUGGUAGGGGAGUGAAGAGGAGUCAGGCAAAAGGGAGGCAUUUUCUGUCCUUUCCCAGGGUUCCCAUUCAAUUUGAUCCACCAAUUACCAUGUCUUUUCUACUUCCCUGUAAAUAGAUAUGAUCUUUAUUCCCACUGUACAGUCUGUUCUGUCCCCCAUCUCCCUAUUUCUUUUCUUCUUUGUUAGUAUCUUCAGUUUGGUUCCUCCAUGAUAUCCCCACCCCCCAUACAACCAGUGGUUUAAUCCACACACCACUAGGGGGUAGUACCAUAGAGGCCUACAUGUGGCUCCCUCAUAUCUUAACACCUGUUCCUGUGGACAGGGUAUGACUGGCACUGAAGGUCCCUCACGGUGUCUCACAUCCCAGAGGAUGGUUGUCCUUUUAAAUCUCUAGCCUCUUUACAUCCCUCAUCAGGAAUUUUAGGAUGGCUUUGGGAAGCCAUCAAGGCAAGAGAGAACUUUCAACUCCUUCUCGUUCUAACCCAGAGUUUUGGGACUGUUGGGGGAAGUAAGGAGAGGCCAUAGUGACCCAGGAUUGGAACCUUUCUGCCCUUUCGGCUUCCAGACUGCCUCCUGUCCCAGAGCAGCUGAGAAAUCCAAGAAGCUGAGCUUCUGGAGGACCCAGCUUAGGUUCUUCCACUUAGGCCUCAAUUCCCUUCCUUUUCCAGGGGCAGCCUUAGUUCCCGUGGCCCUGAAACACACAAACAUUUUCCCCUUUCCCAGCGCCCACUAGCACCAAAAGCACUCAGUGCAUCCCUACAAGUGGAAGAACUAGGAUGGCUCUCUUAAGCCUCUUAGAAAUGAAGUUCUUUGUCUGCACAGCUUUCCUUGUGGAGCAGGAGUAAAAAUGUUUCAUUGCCUUGGGGCUGGGAAACCAUUUCUCCAGGCUUCUUCUUCCCUCCCCGCCCCCCCUUAGGAACAGGAUUGGCCUUAGCUUCUGGGCCUGUCUGCUGCCUUCCAUCUACUUCCAGCUCUUCUGCUUUCCUUUGAGCUCUGUUGGGCUUGGGGGAAUCUUAGUUUUUAUUUCCCAGCUCUUCAUUUUUUUUCUUCUGAUCUUUUUUUUAAGCGGGGAGGCUUUUUUUUUUUUUUUUUUUUUUUUUCC